AUCCGAAUCGAACAUGAAGAGGUUCGUAUUAAGUCUGACCGUUUGCUUCGUGGCGAUCGUUGAAGGACGCCAUGUGCGAAGUCUAUACACGGUACCCGAACCCAAGAUUUCCGUCUUUGACGAAGGUUUCCGCGUAAGCGUACCUCACGAAAAUGGCAUCCAUCUGUUCGCGUUCCACGGCAAGAUCAACGAAAAAAUGGAUGGACUUGAGGCAGGACAGUUUUCCAAAGACAUACUAAGCAGGACCGGAGAGCAAUGGGUUUUUGAAGAUCGUUCCACGAAGUUGAAAAUCGGAGAUGUGAUUUACUAUUGGUUAUUUAUUAUCAGAGACGGACUUGGAUACAGAUACGACCAUGGAAGAUUUGUCGUUGAGGAAAUAGUUCCAUACCAUCCUCUGGAAGAUACUUCGCUGAGCUCAGGUACUCAGACCGAUUCGACCAAGGGUACUUCUUGCGAAACAUUAACCCUAAACCUGUCGGAGGCGAUCGUAAACCUGACCAGAGAGUUGCAAAAAGCUCGAGAACUCAACAGACUGCUCAGGGAUAUGGCUGCGAGAGAUACGCUGUACUCGACCAGGCUUAAACUUUAUGGUGCCUUGCCUGAAGGCGACUCCCCUAAGAAUGUCGUUCAGCGAGUGGUGAAUGAGAAGCUAAAGUCCGAAGUAAAAAUCGUCGACGCAGUCUUGAACGCCAACAAGAGUAUCACUUUUCAAGUCGGGUCCUUGCAAGAUAAAAUUGAUCUUGUAGUCGCCUCAAGGAGUUUGUUGAAGAAUUCCGAUAUUGAUGUAACUUACUAAUAGUCUGUGAUAUGAUGUAUAUAGUGAUGUGUAAAUAAAAAAAUUGGUUGCAAUAAAACAGGAUUAGUACAAUGGUAACAAUA